UCACACAUUAAUCAGUAUUUACAUUGCUGCAAUGAUCAGCAAUCAUCAUGACUAAAACACGAUGCAAAGUCACAUAAAAUAACGAGACUUCACCAGAUUUUCAGGGAUUCUUGGUUAACUACAAAGCUUCUAGCGUUGACCGGGAAGAGAAAAGUACUCUUUUUUUCUACAAUAAAUUUCUCAGGUAUGUAAUGAUGAUUACGUGUCAUUCUUCUGGAACAAUUAAUGAAUCUAUCACUAGUUCAAGGAUUCAACUUUGUAUUUCUUUUCACAAUAGUAUUGUUUUUCGCUUUUCUGUUAAUUUGACCAGGAUCACAGGCUUGCAUAUGAGAAUUUUAUGUGGAAGGAAUUGACUUUAAGGAUGAUCAAGAUUAUAAUUAUCAUAAAUUUCAUUUGGGUUUGACUUACUCCACAUAUUACAGAUUCCUAUAUAUAUAAAGAUGUGCUGAACUAAACAAUCAGUAUUCGAGUUUACAAAAAUAUAUACGAGUUCAGAAUUAUCAAAUCCUUACAAUGUUCGGGGACAUUAUCUAUUUUAUUUUGUGGGGUUUGUUUCCCCUACUACUUUUUCUAGUUUCUUUCAUUUUCUUGAGGCACGAGCAAUGCUGCAAAGACAAAAGAAAGCUGCCACCAGGGGAAAUGGGGUUUCCACUGAUAGGGGAGACCAUGGAAUUCUUCAAUGCUCAGAGGAGAAACAAGUUAUUUGAAGAGUUUUUUCAUCCUCGAAUUCUGAAACAUGGGAAGAUCUUCAGAACAAGGAUCAUGGGGUCUCCAACUGUGGUUGUCAAUGGAGCUGAGGCCAAUAAAUUCUUACUGUCCAACGAGUUCAAGUUGGUGAAAAGCUCUUGGCCUUCUUCAUCGGUUGAGCUCAUGGGAAGGGACUCUAUAAUGGAGAAAGAUGGUGAAAGGCACCGGUUCCUCCGUGGUGUCAUUGCCACAAGCCUUGGUUAUGCUGGACUUGAGCUACUGGUUCCAAGAUUAUGCAACUCUGUUCAGUUUCAUUUAGCUACAAACUGGAAGGGCCAAGAGAAUAUCAGUAUUCACCGUUCAACAAAAGUCCUCACUUUUAGCAUAGUGUUUGAGUGUUUGUUGGGAAUCAAAGUGGAGCCAGGUAUGUUAGAUACCUUUGAAAGAGUGUUGGAAGGAGUGUUUUCCCCAGCUGUUAUGUUUCCAGGUUCUAAAUUUUGGAGGGCAAAGAAGGCCAGGGUGGAGAUAGAAAAGAUGUUGCUCAAAGUGGUGAGAGAGAAGAGAAAGGAAAUGGAAGGAAGCUCAGAAAGAGAACAAGAUGGAAUGCUGCUGUCCAAUUUGGUAUGUGGGAUGUUCCAAGGGGAGAUAAGUGAAAAAGAAGUCAUAGACAAUGUGGUGUUACUAGUUUUUGCAGCUCAUGAUACCACUUCUUUUGCUGUUGCCAUGACAUUCAAAAUGUUGUCUCAGCAUCCUGAUUGCUAUGGAAAAAUUCUUCAAGAACAUGUUGCCAUAAUGAGCAACAAAAACCGGGGUGAGAAUCUGACAAUGGAGGAUAUAAAAAAGAUGAAGUAUACAUGGCAAGUUGCGAGAGAAAGCAUGAGAUUGUUCCCUCCUAUCUUUGGUUCUUUCAGAAAGGCUGUUACUGAUAUUGAAUAUGAAGGAUUCGUGAUUCCUAGAGGAUGGAAGAUGCUAUGGACAACAUACGGGACACAUUACAAUGAAGAAUAUUUCAAGGAUCCUAUGAAUUUCAACCCAAGUAGGUUUGAGGAGGGAGUACCCCAAUAUGCAUAUGUUCCCUUUGGAGGAGGACCAAGAGUUUGUGCAGGGUACCAAUUAGCCAAGUUAAACAUCCUCGUAUUUGUGCACUAUGUUGUGACACAAUACGAGUGGUUCUUACUCCAUCCAGAUGAACCUGUGACAAUGGAUCCCUUGCCUUUCCCUUCCCUCGGAAUGCCCAUCAGAAUUUCUCCCAAACAUGCAUAAAAGCAACCUCAAAAUGAAUUUGUUUUGCCACAUUAUUAAUAAGGCAAUAGUUAAUGUUACGUUGCCGUCCAAUGUUAUCCUUGAACUGAGGCGUUUGCACAUGUUACUUUGAUAUGGAUCAAGUUCUCGAUCCCAUUUAGAAGAAUAUUGAGCUCAACAUAAAAUAUGAACACGAGCAGCAUCUUUUGAAUAUACUAGAUUAGCACAGAUACAUAAUGUUAUAUGGUAAACACAUAUCCAUUGAAGAUCACAGAUCGUGAAAAGAUAUUGGGGUUACCAUUUCUACAUUUCCAAGUAUCUGGUUGACAGAAAAAUUGCUGCGAGUGCUAAAACACAUUAUUUGUUGUUAU